UUUCUCUCGUAGCGUUUCGCGUGUUACUGGCUCUAAUACGAGUACCAUUCUUUUGACCAAUAUUAACCGAUGCGACGGUUUUAUCGUUCAGGAGGUUGCCUCGUAUUGGCAGGUGUUUCAUUGUCAUAACGGAUGAAAUUUAAUAUUUUUCUCUGGAAAGGUCAUUUUACUACGUACGAGAAAGUGCAAGUACGCUUUAUUCGAUUCAUGGCAAACCGUUGAUGCACGUUGCCGGUUGAUCUAAUUCGAUCUACGAACGAAUGUAAACAACGCUGAAUCUACGAUCACUGAAAGUGUGUUUUGACGAAAAAAAUUUUCAGUUGAACCAAAAUUGCCAGAUACUCUUUUUCUAAUGCACUCUCAGGGCUUCCGCUCCAUCGUUUGAGGAAAAAAAAUGCAUACUCGAAGGUAACGGUCGGGGAAGAUUAAACUAUGGCCAAUAGAAAAGACAAAUCGUCUGCUGGUUUUCUGGACACAUGGUUCGGCCGACCAAAAAAGUCCGGGCGUGGAGGUGGGGUCAGAAGUGGUUCGGGAAACCACACGAUCCCCCGGCCCCAUUCCGGCGAUGACUUCAACGAGAUCGAACAACAACGUUCCAUCAUCGAGAGGAUGGAUGAGGAAACGGUGAACGAUAGAUUCGAGGAGAUGUUGGCCAACAUGAAUCUGACCGAGGAGAAGAAGGAACCGUUGCGUCAGCAGUCGGAAACGAAGAAGAAAGAGAUGUUGGUUCUCCAUUAUAAGGGCAGCAUACAGGAGAACAGGUCGAAGUUCGACAAACCGGCGGAUUACAUACAAUAUUUAGCGCAGCCAGACCUGAGCGUCAACAAAAUCUACAAUUGCGUCGAGUCGUUGAGAAUAGCGUUGACCAACAAUCCUCUGAGCUGGGUACAAGAAUUCGGAACGAAGGGACUGAAACAGGUUUUAGCGACGCUGAACGAGUGCUAUCGGAAUGCCUUCAUAUAUUACGAUAGCGACAAUCGUUACGAGCGUAUACAGUACGAAUGCAUCCGAUGCUUGAAGGCUAUCAUGAACAACACCGUCGGUAUAAAGGAGAUGUUGGCCCACUACGAAGCCCUUACGAUCGUGGCGAGGUCUCUGGAACCGACGAAACCGUCCGUCAUGUCCGAGGCUGUGAAAUUGCUUGGCGCGGUUUGCCUUAUAUCGAGCGACAGUCAUAAAAAGGUGUUGUACGCCAUUACCAUGAACGGUGAAUUCAAAGGAAGGGAGAGGUUUCUGCCGAUUGUUCAGGGACUGAUGAACAAGAAGAACGAAAACUUAAGGGUGGAGUGCCUUCAACUGAUAAACUCCAUCAUCUCCUCCGCCGAAGAGUUGGAUUUCAGAUUGCAUCUGCGGAACGAAAUCAUGCGAGUAGGCCUGGCCGAUAUUCUGGAGAUGCUCGAGAAGGACGAGUCGGAGGAUCUGGCUAGGCAUCUGAAGAUCUUCAGCGACCACAAGGAGGAAGAUUACGAAGAAUUCGUGCAGAGGUUCGAUCACGUCCGAUUGGAACUGGACGACGUGAACGAUUGUUUCGAAGUGAUUAAAAAUAUGGUGAUGGAAACGUCGGCCGAACCGUACUUUUUAUCCAUAAUUCAACAUCUGUUGUUCGUCAGAGACGACGCCUUGGUGAGGCCUGCGUAUUACAAAUUGAUCGAGGAGUGUGUGUCGCAAAUAGUGCUGCACCGUUCAGGCUGUGACCCGGAUUUUAGCGCGACCAAACGGUUUCAAAUCGAUGUCCAACCGCUGAUAGACACGUUGGUCGAAAAGUCGAGGGCAGAAGAGGAGAGGCGGUUGGUCGAGAUGUCACAGAAAUUAGAAGAAGCGAUAGCCAGCAGACAGGAAGCCGAAGCGAAACUUCAGCAUGCAGAGAACAAGAUCAGGGAGUUGGAGCAAGGAGUGAUUCGGCCUGGCGGCGGUAGUGGGAAAGUUGGCACGUGUCCAGCUCCGCCUGGAAUGGGAGGCCCUCCGCCGCCUCCACCACCCCCACUUCCGAACAUGGGGGGAUCAGGACCUCCACCACCGCCACCACCACCGCUACCCUUCGGAAUGGGCCCACCGCGACCACCCGCGAUGGGUUCGGCGGGACCACCACCACCUCCACCGCCACCUAUGCCCGGUGCACGUGGUCCCGCCCCACCACCUAUGCCUGGAAUGGGUUUGGGCCCCGCUCCGCCACCAAUGAUGUCGGGAUUCCCCGUAUUAGGUGGCCCUCAACCGCUACCUCUGGGCCUAAAACCCAAGAAGAAGUGGGAAGUGGAAGCUCCAUUGAAGAGAGCGAAUUGGAAGGCGAUCCUGCCACACAAGCUUACCGAAAAAUCGUUUUGGACGAAAGUGCAAGAAGAUAGGUUGGCGAGCCCUGAAAUCCUGGACGGUCUGGCUCAGAAGUUCGCAUCGAAACCGAGCGGGAAGAAAGUCGACGACGUCGUGGACAAGUCAGCUCCAUCGAAGAAAGCGAAGGACCUGAAAGUUCUUGACGGCAAAGCCGCGCAGAAUAUACUUAUACUCCUCAGCGGUACUCUGAAGCAUAUGUCCUUCGAACAGGUGAAGUCCUGUUUGCUGAAGUGCGAAGGACCCGUUAUAUCGGAUAAUAUACUGCAGGGAUUGAUACAGUUUUUACCACCGCCCGAUCUGCUGUCGAAGUUGCAGCUUUACAAGGACCAGUACGACGAUUUGACGGAAGCUGAGCAGUUUUGCGUUACCAUAUCGACCAUUAAGAGGCUAUUGCCAAGACUGAGGUCGUUGAGUUUCAUGCUACGGUACGAAGAAUUGGUGCAAGACGUGAAGCCGGACAUAGUGGCGGGUACUGCAGCCUGCGAGGAGGUGAAGGGCAGCAAAACGUUCGCUAGAAUUCUAGAAUUGAUUUUGUUACUCGGCAACUAUAUGAAUUCUGGGUCGAAGAACGGACAGGCGUUUGGAUUCGAGAUCAGUUUUCUAACGAAGUUGACCAGUACGAAAGAUAUCGACAACAAGCAGACUCUUAUGCACUACUUGGUGGACACGAUAGAACACAAAUUCCCGGAGUGUUUGAACUUCCCGGAAGAGCUGGCACACGUGGACAGAGCGAGUCGAGUGUCGUUGGAGAAUGUUCAGAGAACGUUGCGUCAAAUGGAAACGAACAUCCGGAAUCUUGAGCAGGAUCUGUCGAAUGCCAAAGUUCCCCAAUCCGACGAGGACAUGUUUGUCGGAGUUAUGGGUCCGUUUGCGAAGAAAGCCCGUGAAUCGUACGAAGUUUUGCAAAAUAUGUUCAAGAACAUGGACAGCCUGUACACCGAGAUAUCGGAGUUCUUCUCCUUCGACAAGCAAAAGUACACGAUAGAGGAGUUCUUCGGCGACAUAAAAACGUUCAAGGACGAUUUCAUGCACGCGCAACGAGAGAUAAUAAAGUUGCGGGAGAGCGAGGAGAAGCAGAGGAGGGCGAGGGAGGCGCGCGAAAAAGCGGAAGUCGAGAAAGCGGCACGGGCAGCCCGUAAACGCGCUCUGGUCGACAUGAACGCGCACGAAACGCAGGAAGGCGUUAUGGACAGCUUAAUGGAGGCGCUGCAAACUGGUUCCGCGUUCAGUCGACCGGAUCAACGACGCAAGCGUCAAGCACGCGCCGCUGGUGCAGAGAGAAGAGCUCAACUAAAUAGAAGUCGAUCGCGAACAGGAUUAGUCGGGACUGGUUUACUGGGAAGAGAACUUUCGACAGAACUUUUAAGCUCGGCAUAAUCCAUGGAAUAACCCGUUUCCGUCCUAAACUCGAAACUGUGAUGGAUCGAAUCGUUCGAUACGGAUAGAGAACGAUAUAAGCCGGUACAGAGAAUAGAAUAUUUAAACGACGCGAGAAACGUCCAGUCUGCAUAUCCAAUAUUUUCGCGGGCGUGACAACCGUUGCACAUCGGACUGGCCAAAAAGUUCGUGCGGAUUUUGGUGAUUAUUUCUAUUUUUUGGUAAAACUAUUGUCAAAUCUGGUUGAAUAUUUUUUAAGGGUAUAAGGAGAUAUCUUUACAUUACAGACAGUAAUUUUUUUUACGUCGACUCUUUUUAUUAUUUAUUAAUCGAUGUAGAAGAGCAGUUAUUUAUAAAGUAUUUAAUUAGGAAAUAGCAGUUUUUAGUAAUGCUGAUAAAAUUAUACAUAAAAUAGUCGUAUUUAACAAUUUUAUAUAUCUGUAAUUAACGAAAAGUUACCGAAUAGAUACUUUUAUAACUAUCAGGAGCUAAUUAUAGUGCGAAGUUUCAAGAAACUUCGUGGGAGAAACCUGUAAGACUUCAUGCAAAUAUGACAUAAUAACGAAAGACCAGUAGCGGUAAAUUUACAUGUUAAGAACCGCACGGACUGUUUGGCUGGUCUGAUAUAUCGUCGGUUGUACUUAAAACGGACAAAGUCUUCCUAUAGUUGACUAAAACGUUCCAAACGAAUCGUAUAUAUAGAUAUACGCGUACGUAUACGGUAUGACGGCGAAUACUUUUACGACUACCAAAUGUGAGACGUUUGAAUGUAAAUUAA